AAUGGGAGCGUCAUUUCAAAUAUGAGCCUCAGUUUGGGAAAUGGAAACGCGGGAAAAAAAAACAGCAGUCGAAGAAAAAGGCCAAAAAAAAUAAAUGAAACCAGAGUUUAAGGAAACCAUAGUCUUUCAGAACGGGCAACAACGUGAUGGCGGAGUGAGAAACGGCCGUUUAGGACGGAAACGGCGUUUCGCCUGUUAAAACGGUGCGACCACCUAAUUUCACUUGGAAAGGCUACUUUCUUCCGAAUGCCCUCCAUGGACUUUAUUAAACAUGAUGCUGUGCAGAGUCUAGACAUAGAAGGUAUACUGUCGCUCGCUGACGAUCUCUGUCAAGUUCUUGACACUGCUACAGAUUUUUCUGUGUUAGCUGAAGUGCAACAAGAAAUAAGCGGGCUCAAAUCUGUUGUUGAGGAGGAUUCGUCAGAAGUCCAAACAAUCUUGAAAGACAUUCAGGGCAAAGUACUUGUGCACGAGAGGAAAGUGGAAGUUGCAGAGAAGGAGGCAGUGGCAGAUGAAAAAUUGCAAGCCUUACGCACUGAAUUGGAAAAAGAGCAGCAAUAUGAGCAUCAAUAUAUGCACGAGCUUAGGGUCAUUGAAGAUGAGAUGGAUAGGUUGGAAUUGGAGCGAUCUCGCAUAGAAAGCCGCAAGGAGGCAGUGAACAAAGCCAAAAAAGAAGAAAUAAGAGCACAGAAUGAACUUUCUUUGUAUGCUUCUAUCUCAAGAAUCAUUCCAGAUUUAAGUGCAGCAGACAAGUACAUGGGUCAUAUUGUAGACAGGGAGAAACAAAAAAUAGAGAAGUUUGAGUUUGACAGGACAAAGAUGUCUAGCGUUGAGAUAUGUAACAGACUCUGGGAGAUAGUUGACUCUUAAAACUGAACAUGGUUAGCUGUAUAAAGUUGGGAAAGCAAAUUUUUUCCAACUCUUGUAAGCUGGGAAAAACAAAAUUAUCUGUAGUGCCCAUUUGUUAUAUAUGAGGAACUGGACUUAGCAGCAUAACAACAGCAUUGAGAAAUUCUUUAUUUUC